UGAAGGGAGGUCAAUCCUCCUCCCGUAUUUUACCCACGCCGAAUCGUGUCAACGCCCCCCGCCCGCGCUGACUUCACGCGAAGCGCACCUAUAAAUACGCUCGCGUCGCUCGAGUCAGGUGGAGCACACCACUGCGACGGCCGAAGCCCACCGGCGUCAGGACGACUGACCGGAGGAGCAGCCGACCGGCGGGCCAAGGAGAGGCGCGCGGGGAGCGGGGCGGCCGCCGCCCAGUGACCAGCAGCCAGCCAGACAGUCCCAAGGAUCGACGCGCGAUGAGCCGUGCGGCGGGCGGCAGCGGCGGCGGCGGGAGAGGCGGGGCGGAGCGGCGGUGCCGGUACCGCGGCGUGCGGCGGCGGGCGUGGGGCAAGUGGGUGUCGGAGAUCCGGGUGCCCGGGACGCGGGAGCGGCUGUGGCUCGGGUCCUACGCCGCGCCCGAGGCCGCCGCCGUCGCGCACGACGCCGCCGCAUGCCUCCUCCGCGGCCUCCCGGGGGCCGCCGCCGCGGGCCACCUCAACUUCCCCGACCGCGCGGCGUGCUACGCCUACGGCGGCGGCGGCGGCGGCCGCGGGCGCGCGCCGCCCCUGUCGCCGCGCUCCGUGCAGCGCGUCGCCUCCGACGCCGGCAUGGCCGCCGACGCGCAGCUCGUCGACGCGCGGGCGGCUCUGGCGUCGUCGUCGUCGCCUUCGCCGCCGCCGCCCCUCCAGAGCGCCGCGGCUGGCACCACCGCUGGCGCUGCCUGCGCCGGCAUUGGCGCCGCGCGAGGUGGCGAAGCGGCACUAGCACAAGGCUCGGCGUACGCGCCGGCGCCGGCGCUGUAUAGCAAUUGCAGUAGUAGUGGUAGCAGUACGUAUUAUUGGUGCACGCCGAGCGCGGGCGGCGGGAGCGGAAGCUCGAGCGCCGGCAGUGACCAGCACCUGGUUUACGGGGACAUUAGCGUAGACGACAUCGAGAUCUUGAUGUAACUUGGGCCGAUGAGAUUGGCACGUGUCACUUCGGUGGUAUUAAGAGAAUGGAUGGGGUUUUAUGUAUUGUUGAAGAAAAAUAAUCACGGUAACAUCAAGUUUACAUGUAUCACUUCGGCAAAAUAGCGAAUUUCAUCCCUAAA